AUGUUUUCAGUUACAUCUACGUGGCACUGUACCGGAGAUUACGGCUACUACGAAAAGGACGGUAAACUCAUCAUCAUCGAUAAUAUAAACCGCCUUAUUAAAUAUAAAGAAUAUCAUAUCUCACCUCUAAGAAUUGAGAAAGUGUUACAAUGGCAUCCGGCUGUGGCGGAAGUCACUGUACUGCCUGUGCCAGAUAUUGAUAAUGGUCAACAUCCUAGAGCUUUUAUCGAGAUAAAACAUGGAGCGAAGGUGACAGCAGAGGACCUAAACCAACUUGUAGAAGAACAUUUGCCCGACAUCUAUAAACUGCGCGGGGGAGUGUACGUCACAACACUCAUGCCACAUCUUCCCAAUGGAAAAAUCGAUCGGAUGCUGGUCCAGCGCCGGUCACUGUCCACUCUGUGA